AUGACUCAAUUAGUCCGUGGCUUUGAAGGACCAACGGUAUCUUAUCUCAAUACUAUAAAUCCACAUGAACAUCAUCAACAAAUAUGUGAUAAUACCUAUCCGCUUAGUUCAGCCUCAAUGUACACAUCUCGAUCCGGUCGAAGUGGUAGUGAUGAUGAUAAUAUCUCAUCUCGUGUGGUAUUUCGCGUCAUUACGGAAACACUUCUAAACUUGGAAUAUCAAUUGAAGGUGUGGCGGCGGCAAACGUGUAAGCGAAUAGAUCGUAUUGAUCAUCGACUACGCCGUUGUGAACGGGUUAUCGCAGCGGCAACGAAAACAAAACCAGAACUUUUUGAAAGUCAACAAGGAAAAGAGAACAUAACAACAAUGAGAAAAAGAAGAAGUUUGAUGAAUGUUGAUGAUUAUCAUCAGAAACCUCAUGAUCAUAGAGAUAUUAUUGCUACUACUACUAAUACUACUACUGGUAUUACUAGUGAUUACCGUUGUGGAAAUGUCAUCUGUGCUGAUAAUAAUAAUACUAAUAUUACUACUACUACUACUACCAAUAAUAAUAAUAAUAAUAAUAAUAAUAAUAAUAAUAAUAACAGUACAGAAGGAAGUGAACUGCACUGCAUUCAUGCUACAUUGGCUUCUCUCUGUGAGAAGGUUGCCGGACAGUGUAGGGCUACAGCACCCCAACAGCAGAAUAAUAAUAAUAAUAAUAAUAAUAAUAAUAAUAAUAAUAAUAAUAAUAAUAAUAAUAAUAAGCCUACAAUAGAGAAGACUCAUUCUAUACAUUAUCAAAAGAUGAAUAUAGAUACCACACCCAUGAAGUAUGAGAGUAGCAGCAAUAAUAAUAAUACAAUCAACUCUGCAGGACUCACACCAGAAAUAGCAGAAACCCCAGAAGUUACUAUUCCCCCCACUCAAUGUAAACAAUAUCCCUUUCAUCAUUCUCAUCAUUAUCAAUCUCAACAACAACAACAACAACAAAGGGGAGAAAAAGAAGAACAUUAUGGAAUUCCUUCUAACCAGGUAACACCACCCCAUCAACACAGCCAUAAUAAUAAUAAUAAUAAUAAUAAUAAUAAUAAUAAUAAUGUGAAUGGAAGUGGUCUCUCUCGUACGUGUGGUACUGGACUGGAAUCACCAUUUAUACAAAAUACACCCAAACCGGAUUCCAUUCCACUGCGUGGGGUGCGGGCGGCCGCAGCGGCACCGUCCACAGCACUACGGCGUAAAUUAAUGUACUCACCAGAGACUGGGAGUACGGCACAGCCAUCAGGAUAUGAAAAGAGUGAGAGAGAAUUUAAUGAUGGAGCUGUUGGGGAAUAUACUCGGGAGGAAGAGUGGAUGGAAAUAGAAAAAUAUAAACAUAAAGAAAGAGAAGAAAGGGAAAGUGGUCGUGGUAGUACUGGUAUUGUUGUGUUGAGUUCAUCUAUAAGAAGAGAGACAGAUCAUUACGAUACUACUACUACUACUACUANUAAUAAUAAUAAUAAUAAUAAUAAUAAUAAUAAUAAUAAUAAUGAUAGUUAUAAUGAGUCUGAUGUACCCUGUGCAGCACCUCUUUACAUGGUUCCACAAGAAUUAUAUAGUAGUAUCUGCACACAGAGUACUGUAAAUCCUCAUAAUGAUAAUGAUAGUAAUAGUAAUAGUGAUAAUGAUAAUAAUAGUGAUAAUGAUAAUAUUAAUAGAGUCUCUCUGAAUAAUGAGAACCAUUCACCCACACUUGCAGUGGAGAGUGUGUGGUAUAAAGUAGUGGCACUAGCGCACGCCGAACAACAACAACAACUCAUGCAGAAUUUAAUACAUCCCACAGUCUCUAUGCUCUCCUCUGGAAUGCCAGAUGUUUCCGCCUCAACCAUAUAA